UUCAGGCAUUUUAACCUUCCAAAGGCAAGAAGAAGUGUUCACAAUCGUUCCAAGGGUCUUCCACUUGCACAGCCACCAGAGAAGGCAAAAUGAUCGAACCCUUUGGGAAUCAGUACAUUGUGGCCAGGCCAGUGUACUCUAAAAAUGCUUUUGGGGAAGAACAUAAGAAGAAAUGCAGAUCUCAUAAGACAUUUCUGGAUCAUCUCAAAGAGUGUUUUAGCUGCUCCUCAAAAAAGGCCAAGAGAAUUGCCCUGUCUUUGUUCCCCAUAGCAUCUUGGUUACCAGCAUACCGGAUAAAGGAAUGGCUACUCAGUGACAUUGUUUCUGGGAUCAGUACAGGGCUGGUGGCUGUACUGCAAGGUCUGGCAUUUGCUCUGUUGGUCAACAUCCCCCCAAGCUAUGGGUUGUAUGCAGCCUUUUUCCCAGUCAUAGUCUACUUUUUCUUGGGCACUUCUAAACACAUAUCUGUGGGUCCAUUUCCGGUUCUGAGUAUGAUGGUGGGAGCAGUAGUUGUGAGAAUAGUUCCAGACAUCAGUGAAUCUGCUGUGGAAGUCCCUUAUAACUCAACGAGUAAUGGCACAACACUGGACGAACAGAGGGUGUUGGUGGCUGCAGCAAUCACAGUCCUUUCGGGUAUCAUCCAGUUGAUCAUGGGGGUUCUGCAGAUUGGAUUUGUGGUGAUAUACCUAUCCGAUUCCCUAAUCAGUGGCUUCACCACAGCGGCUGCUAUUCACGUUUUGGUCUCCCAACUCAAAUUUAUGCUUCAACUGACAGUCCCGGCACACACAGAUCCAUUUUCAAUUUUCAAAGUUCUACAAUCCGUAUUCUCACAAAUAGAGAAGACUAACAUUGCAGACCUGGUGACAUCCCUGAUUAUUCUGUUGGUAGUAUUUGUGGUUAAAGAAAUAAAUCAGCGCUACAAAGCCAAACUUCCAGUGCCCAUUCCAAUUGAACUAAUCAUGACUGUGAUCGCAACGGGUGUAUCCUAUGGCUUUGACUUCCAAAACAGGUUUAAAGUGGCAGUCAUUGGGGAGAUGCCAAGUGGAUUCCAGGCCCCUGUUCCACCUGACGUGAAGGUUUUCCAAGACACCAUAGGAGAUUGCUUCGCCAUUGCAAUCGUUGGCUUUGCGGUGGCCUUUUCAGUUGCCAGCGUCUAUUCCCUCAAAUAUGAUUAUCCGAUUGAUGGCAAUCAGGAGUUAAUAGCCUUCGGAUUGAGUAACAUAGUCUGUGGAUCCUUCAGAGGCUUUGCAUCCAGCACUGCCCUCUCCAGAUCAGGGGUUCAGGAGAGUACAGGAGGCAAAACGCAGAUUGCUGGGAUUCUCUCUGCCAUCAUCGUGUUGAUUGUCAUCGUUGCCAUUGGAUUUCUCUUGGCGCCACUACAAAAGUCCGUUCUGGCAGCUUUAGCACUUGGAAAUUUAAAGGGAAUGCUGAUGCAGUUUGCUGAAAUAGGAAGACUGUGGCGAAAGGAUAAAUACGAUUGUCUCAUUUGGAUCGUGACCUUCAUCUGUGCCAUCGUCCUGGGACUUGGUUUAGGACUGGCAGCUAGCAUUGCAUUUCAGCUCCUAACCAUCGUGUUCCGGACACAAUUUCCAAAAUGCAGCACACUGGCUAAUGUUGGAAGGAGCAACAUCUAUAAGAAUAGAAAAGAUUACUAUGAUACGUAUGAACCAGAAGGAGUGAAAAUCUUCAGAUGUCCAUCUCCUAUCUACUUUGCAAACAUUGGCUUCUUUAAGCAGAAACUUAUUGAUGCUAUUGGCUUUAGUCCACUUCGAAUUCUACGCAAGCGCAAUAAAGCUUUGAAGAAGAUUCGAAAGCUACAGAAGCAAGGCCUGCUACAAGUGACACCAAAAGGAUUUAUAUGUACUGUUGAUGGCUUAAAAGAUUCUGAUGAAGAGCUGGACAAUAAUCAGAUAGAGGAACUGGAUCAGCCCAUCAAUACCGCAGACCUGCCCUUCCAGAUAGACUGGAAUAGUGAUCUUCCUGUCAAUAUUGUGGUCCCCAAAAUCAACCUCCACAGCCUCAUUCUCGAUUUUUCAGCAGUGUCAUUUCUUGACAUUUCUUCAAUGAGGGGUCUCAAAACGAUUCUGCGAGAACUUCUCAGGAUCCAGGUGGAUGUGUACAUUGUGGGAAGUGAUGAUGAUUUCAUUGAGAAGCUUACUCGGUGUGAAUUUUUCGAUGAUGAAGUCACUGACUCAAUAUUUUUCUUAACAACCCAUGAUGCCGUUUUGCAUAUUUUGAUGAAGAAGGAUUACAGUACUUCAAAGUUUAGUCACAGCCAGGAAAAAGAAAUGGAACAUGACUUUACCAUAAAUACAAAUGGAGGAUUACGUAAUCGGGAAUGUCAGGUACCACUUGAAACAAGAUUUUAA